ACAGAUCGCAACGAUACAACGCAUUGAUUUUUCUCAGUUCAGUCAUCUGAAAGCCCGAGACUGUGGGCAGAGUGCCCUCCGCCCCUCUGCCAAUGUGUGCCACACUUAAAUAAAAGUCACGAUGUGACAGCUGAUGGAUCCCAACUGCACGAAGGUAGGGUUUCCUUUCGUUGCAAAAAUGUUUUAUUGCCUAACAAAAGGGGGCAGGCUAUAUCACAAUCCUUAAGAUAGCAACCCCAACAUCGAAGAAGAAAGAACUGAAGAAGCAAGAUCCCAGCGACCCACAGAGGUAAACAAGAUGGUAGACAAACCAGACCCAACUCCAGCAGGGCCAAAUGAGGAAGACCUGCCUCCCGGUGCAGUGCAAAUCAAAAGGCGCUCCAGGGUCCCCGGUGUUAUGAUCACACAGUUUGUGGAGGAGAUUCCAUCAGGUUGCACCACUCCAGACUUCACCCGCAAGCCGUUUGCAGUGACCAUUCCAGAGGGAAAACUAGCCCUGUUUAAAGCAAUUGUGUCAGGAGAACCAGCUCCAAAUGUGACUUGGUCUCGGAGUAAAGGAGAUACUGCUGAUACGGAAAAAUUCAAGGCCCGAUAUGAUGACAAGAUGGGAGAGUACAUUUUUGAGAUCAUCAGUGUUGAUACAAACCAAGCAGACACCUAUAGAUUUUUUGCUACAAAUCCUUAUGGAAGAGCUGUGUGUACGGCCACUUUGAAUGUUAUUGAAGUUGGAUUUAAGAAGAAGCAGCCAGUUGUUGUCAAAAAUGAUCCAGAGGAUUUCAGGAAACUUCUCAAAAAAACAGUAAUUGUGAAAAGAAAGCCUAAAAAGGUCCAAACGGAAGGAGAAAUUGAUCCAGCUUUCUGGGAAGUUCUGUUGUCCGCUCCCAAGAAAGAUUAUGAACGCGUUUGUUUUGAGUAUGGAGUGACAGACUUCCGUUGGAUGCUAAAGAAAUUGAAUUUAAUGAAGAAAGAGAGAGAGAAGGAACAGGCAAAGUAUGUUGAGAAAGUGGAAAGUGUGAAACAGAUUGAAGUGAGAACUGAUGGAAAGGCUGAGUUUGAGGUUGACAUGCAGCUGUUGGACCCUAACAGUCAAGUGCUCCUCUUUAAGGAUGGUGUUAUGGUUGAUUAUGGAACUAACAAUGAUAAGAAACAUAAUCUUGAGCAAAAAGGGAGUAAGUAUAUAUUCAGCAUCAAUGAUCUUGGACCAGAUGAUGCUGGCCUUUAUCAAGUGGAUGUAGAAGAUGCCAAUGUGCUCUCAACUAAUUUCAAAGUUCCUGAUGUUGAAUUUACCUCCGCACUUAAAAACUGCGAAGCCAAGGAAGGCGAGGCAGCUUCAUUUGAGUGUGUCCUGUCUACUCCAGUUGAUAAGAUCAUGUGGUAUGGAAAUGAUGUUGCAAUGGAAAACGAAGCAAAGUAUGACAUCACUGUUUCAGAAGACAAGCUAUCUCACAAACUUGAGAUAAAAGACCUCGACCUGGCUGAUCAGGGCAUCAUUACUGCCAUAGCGGGUAUAGUCCCGUGCAAAGCCGAACUGGUUGUUAUAGAGGAUCCAAACCGACGCAGAGGCAAAGGAAGUGGUGAUGAUGAUGAGGCAGCGAGACUCGCAGCAGAGAGGGCCAGACUCCAGAAGGAGAAGGAUGAUCUGGAGGCCAAGAGAAGGGCUCAGGCAGAGAGAGACACAGCUGCAGCAGCAGCAGCAGGAGCUGCUGGAGCAGGACAUGGCUCAGGAGGAGAUGGAUCAGGAGGAGAUGGAUCAGGAGGAGAUGGAUCUGGAGGAGAUGGAUCUGGACUCGGCGACGGUUCAGGUUUGGGGGAUGGAUCUGGAGAUGGGUCAGGUGGUGAUGGUUCUGGAAAAGAUGGAUCAGGCGGUGAUGGCUCUGGAAAAGAUGGAUCAGGCGGUGAUGGCUCUCGGGACGGGGAUGGCAAAAAUAAGCGCAACAGGACAGGCCCUCUGGUGCCUGAAACCAAAAUAGAUUCUGGAGUCCAUUUUGCCAGUGGAUUAACAAACACCACCGCUAACAAGGGAGAAUCAGCUGAGCUUUCCUGUGUUCUCAGCAGCGAGAGCUGUGAGGGCAUUUGGUACAAGGAUGGAAGGAAGUUGGACUCAACAGAGGGUACUACUAUUAUAAAAGACGGGGCCACCCACAAACUGAUCAUCCACAGCUGCGAUGACGAUUCUGCAGGGAUAUACCGUUUUGAGGCAGAUGGGCGCAAAUCGGAGGCAACGCUCAGCAUUGAAGACCCACCAAAGAUUGACUUGGAUUCUUUGAAAGCAUUCCAACAGCCUGUCAUCAUCAAAGCAGGUGAAAAUGCAUUGUUCAAGCUGCAGUUCAAUGGGAAGGAGCCAAUGAAGGUGCAGUGGUUCAAGCAAGACGAGGAGAUGCUGCCAGGCCUGAACGUUAAGACUGACUCCUCUGACACGUAUACUUCCCUGGGCUUGAGUAAAUGUCAGCGGAAGGACACUGGAGAAGUCAGAGUCAAAAUCAAAAAUGAGCAUGGCACUAUUGAUGCCACUACACAGCUCAUAGUGCUGGACAAACCCACCCCACCACAGCCACCAAUAGAAGUUGUUGAGAGUUCACUGAAUACUAUUGAAUUCAAAUGGCGCACCCCAAAGGACGAUGGUGGAUGCCCUGUCACCAACUAUGUUUUGGAGCGCCAGCAACUGGGACGCAACACCUGGACCAAACUAGGGGAUAUCCCUGGUAAACCGUCUUACAGGGACACUGAUGUAGACCCGGGGAGGAAGUAUACCUACCGCAUCAAGGCAAAGAAUACUGAAGGCAUCAGUGACGUGAUGGAGACAGAUGACAUUGCUGCUGGCUUAUUAUCCUUCCCUGGUCUCCCGGCUCCUCCAAAGAUAGUCAGUGCUUUUAAGGAGUGUAUUAACUUGACCUGGCUUCCUCCAGCCAAUACUGGUGGAUCUAACAUUAUUGGCUACAACCUGGAGAAACGCAAGAGAGGAAGCAACUUGUGGAGUAUGGUGAAUCGCCCUAAUGAGCCAAUUAAAGAGAAAAAGUGUGCAGUGAAGGAUGUGAUUGAGGGGGCAGAGUACGAGUUUCGAGUGGCUGCCAUCAACAUUUCAGGGGCAGGAGACCCCAGUGGUCCCUCUGAGUUGGUGUUUGCCAGAGACCCCAAGAAACCCCCAGGGAAAGUCAUUGACCUGAAAUUGACUGGCUCUAACUACAACAGCCUGAGUCUCUCAUGGACCAAGCCAAAGACAGUGGUAGGAGUGGAGGAUGAAGCCAAGGGCUACUUUGUGGAGGUCCGACCAAUCAACAACAUUGAAUGGAGUAGAUGCAAUGCCACUGCCUCCAUACUGACAUCCUUCACUGUGAUUGGCCUAAAGUCUAUGGCUAUGUACUGGGUCAGAGUGAUUGGCACAAAUGAUGGGGGAGAGGGAGACCCACAGGGCUUUGACAAUUACAUCAUCGCCAUGCCUCCUCCUGUGAAACCGAAGUUCACAGAUAAAAACAUGAAAACCUUCAUAGUUAUAAGGGCAGGAAACACAGUGCGGGUUCAUAUCAACUUUGAGGCCUCUCCCAUGCCAGAUAUCACCUGGUUGAAGGACGGAGCUCCAGUGGCCAACCAUGUCACCAUCACCAACUCACACAAGGGCUCCCAGUUGCUAAUCCCUACCUCAGAGCGCACAGACACAGGCAUCUACACCAUCAUCGUCAAGAACCUCGUUGGCCAGGAAACUUUCAACAUUGAGAUCAGAGUGACAGAUGACCCCAAGCCUCCAGGCCCUGUGGAACUGGAGCAGAACGUCCAAGGGACGGUGACAAUCUCUUGGGUCCCGUCUCCAGAUGAGAAGCGUGACGAUCAUCUCCACUAUCUGGUGAUGAAGCGUGACUCCAUCAAGCGCACCUGGCGCACUGUGGGUGACCGCCUCUUCAACCACCAGUUCACUGCAGCCAGCAUCUUGCCGGGCCGAGAGUACAACUUCCGGGUGUUUGCAAAAAACGACAUGGGCAUGUCAGAGCCAGCGAUGGCACCGACAUGGGGCACGGUGGUAAAGAAAGAGAAAUUUACCCUCAACAUGCCGGAGUCCAAGCCCCUGGACUUACAGUGUCCUCCCAAGUUCCUGGUUCCUCUGAAGCUGCACGCUGCACCCCAGGGCUACGAGUGCUACAUGAGCUGUGCCGUGAAAGGGAACCCCACACCCCACGUCACAUGGUUCCACAACAACGUCAGCCUCAACACCAAUAUCAACUACUACAUCUCCAACACCUGUGGCGUCUGCUCCAUGCUCAUCCUAAGGGUUGGUCCCAAGGACACCGGAGAGUACAAGGUCAUUGCAGACAACCCUCUGGGAGUGGCAGAGUGCUCCACUCAGCUCACUGUCCGAGAGUAGAAGAUGCUUUGCUCUGAUGAUCUGCAGAAGUAGCAGCUAUUUCAAGAUCGCUGCAUAAUAACUUAUACCCUGUCUGGCUCAUGUUGUGGAGGUUCCAGUAUGUAUAGAUCAAGAUUUGUUUUUCUCCAUGGCUUUAUUGAUGCUUGCAAAGCACAACAUGAAAAUAUUCACAGGAGAAUAAAACUUGCAUAUGAUAUUAGCAUCUGGUUUUGUAUGUUUGAUUGUAUGA